AUGUCGGCGAGACCACUGACGUGUGUGCCAGGCUACUGUUCUUCGGACUCGGUCUGCGAGUUGGAGACCCACGGAAUGAAGUGCAGACACUGCAAGUACUCGGGAGACGACGCCGACGACCGCUGUCGUCUCCGCGCCGUGUCUUUUCCCGGCGACGCCAUGCUCAACGUCAACGAAGAUCUGUCGCGGAUGCACUGGCGCGUCGAGUUUCGGUAUGACUGCCCUUUGCUUUGUCUUUCAAUUGAUAAUGAGAAAAAGCUUCUUGAUAACUUUUCUUAAAACUUAUUUUGUAGAAUUCAUUUAAAAUCAAAAUUUUUUUAAUUUUUUUUCUUUAGUGAUACUGAAAAAAAGUAGAAAAACAAUUAGAAUGGUUUUUGAUGGCAGGGCCAGGUAAUUUUGACCUCUAAGGAAAGAAAAAUAAUAUAAAGGUUAAACACUAGCCAGUCGUCUUUUUCAAGCCUUUUUGAGAAAAUUGUCAUUUGUUUUACUAGUUUAUUACGAAAAAAAAUCAGCUACUGCUCACCGUAACCUCAAUAGAUGAACUAGUAUCAAAUUAUAAUCAUCAAAUCUUUAGGAUUGCUACCAUUGCUCAUGACGGCGUCAUCUUCUUUACUGGAUAUAAAAAGAGCGACUUCGUCGAACUUUCCAUCUCGGAAAGGGUUCUCAAGGUGUUCUAGUUUCUUACUUCCUUGAAAAAAGUCAACCUCAGGCGCACUUUUCAUUGGGUGGCGAGUCGGUCGAAAUGCGGAUGGACAACGAUCCUGAAAACCGAGUGAAUGACGGAGAAUGGCACACGAUCGUGUUGGAACUGGCUGAGAGGGUAUUCAUUGUGUUUUCAUUUUUCCAAGUCUUGUUCCUAUUAGAAGCUGACGGUUUCUUUGGACGGUUGUGACGCCAAAACGGCUCUUAUUCUGAAGAAUUCUCCGGUUUGUGCUGCUUCUGCAGAGAUCGUGCUCCCAUCAAAGUUCGUUUCCCACAGAAGAACUUGUGAAUUAUAAGGCUUUUCAGAUGUCUUUCGGAUCCCACAGUUCCAUGUUUUCGAUUUUUAGACGUCACAAAUGGGAUUUUCUUGGGAGGCAGGCCUGGCUCUUCCAAGCAGAUUGAAGAGGCGUUCAACGGUUUGUCAUUUAAUUUUUCUCUGUACCGUCAGUUUUCAUCUUCAAAAAGUCGAAAGUUAUCAUGAACCUUUUCGGAAAAAGAAACCUGAAUCCGCCUGAUUCCCCUUGAUUAGGAAAUUUAUUGACAUAAAGUUUUCCUAGGAAGAAGAUUUUUUGAAUUUCUUGUCAAAAUGAUUUAGCUCCAAUCAAGCUUAUCAUAAAAGAAAUGUAUAAUUUUCCACCACAUAAAAAAAGGCAUAAUACGAUUACUUCAUAUCAAUUUCUCAACCUUUCCUUAUUUUUUUCACGUUUUUCAAAAUCGUUUUUUAUCGGACCAUGAAUCGUUUUUAAAUUUCAAAACACAAAACGGCUGCGCGUUGUGAUGAAAAAUAUAUUUUUACCUCGUUAACUCUGCUUUCAUUGAAAAAUCCAGAUUAAUCUGCGACAAGGAAUGACGAGGAAGUCAUUUGAAAACAUUUAUCAAAACAUUGAAAAGUAUAAUAGUGCAGACAAUAUUUCAAGUAAAAAGUGAAGUUGUUUUUUUUUUCUUCUGAUUUCUUAAGAAUUUAUCGGUGUGGAAGAAUUGGCUAUGCUGGAAAAUUUUUUUAAUAGCUCGAAAAGAGAGCAACGAGCGUGAAUGGUCAAAACGAAUACAACCUUUAUUUUAGGAUGCCUGAAAGACUUGAAAAUCAACGAAAAGCUGGUCGACUUCUCGAAGAUGAAAGAAAUGCACCGCGUGGGACAAGUCGUGGAAGGCUGUCGUCCUCUCUCGGACCACUGCAAGAAGAAUUCCUGCUCGCCGUCUACCAAAUGCACGAACCGCUGGGGCGGCUUCAACUGUCGCUGUCCUCACUCGAUCCAUCACAAAGGCACUUGCAGAAUCGGUUCGGGAAGAUCGUGCAGUUCAUUUCGCAACAUCGGAUUGCAGAUCAAAUAUCAACUCAUGCUCGGCCGGUGUCUUUGGCCGAAGAAGAGUCGUUUGUUCUCUACAAACCAGGAUCCAUUUCCCCGCCUUUUUUUCUUUCUGCCGAGUUCCGAACAUCUCGCAUCGACACUCAGAUUCUGGCCGUCGAGUUCAAUCAGAGGAGCGUCUUCUUCAAGCUUGAUGUUCGGAAUCUUUCCAGAAUUAAUUAAAACUUAGGUCCGUUCAGGUGGAGGACGGCGUCAUCAGAUUUUCGCUGAGCGAGUCUUCAAUUGUCGUUCCAGGACCAGAAUUUUCUUCCAAAAAUUGGGUUCAUGCUGACAUCGCAUUCGGAGAAUCCACUGUCAAAGUCACAGUCGACAAUAUUUAUACAGCGGUUCGUUAUCAUUUAAAAAAACUUGAUGAUUCUUUAUAAAAAUUGCAUUCGUUAGAAGAAAGUAAUGUAGAAGUUUUUUUCAUAGCUCCCUCUUCGAAAGAGGAAAACAUUCCAAGAACUAUUAAAGCUGAAGUUAUGAACUUAUGUGGGCUUUCUCUCUGGAAUAUGAGAAGGGGACUGUUCAGGAACUGCCAGCCUUCUUGGGAGAAACGACUCUCGACGUGGUUUACAUUGGACUGGCGCCCUCGACAGGCCAUCCUUCGCGAUUCGAAGGCUGCGUUAGGAACGUCGAGAUCGACGGCCGUCCUGUCUCCGUCCACCAGAAGGGAAAAGUCCGCCAGGGCUGCGUCGUCCACAACCGCUGCGCUCUCGAAGGCGUCUGUCCCACGGAGAGUUCCUGCCAGCGACUCUGGAACAAGCAUCGUUGUGUUUGUCACAAAGGUCCGUUGAGUUUCCUUCAUUUAUUACUCCUAACCUUCUCAGGUUUUGUCGGAGAUGUCUGCCAGCCGGUUUGCUCGCUGAAAGACGUUUGUUCUGGAGGAUCUUGUGUUCCAUCGAACACCACCGACGGCUACGAGUGCAUCUGUCAACCUGGUCUGUUUUCGUCAUUUCCUCUGACGUAAUUUGACAAAAACUUUGAUCAAUUUCGGCCUGUUUCACAAAGAAAAAAAAACGCACUGUUAUUCAAGAAAAUUAUUGCUCCGGAAAAAGUUUAGGAUAGCGCUAUAAAAGGUACAGAAAAGGAAAUCGUUAAAUUACUCUUCUCAUAUCAAAAAUAGCUGCUGUCACAUUUAUAUCCAUCGCAACAGUACUCUACACUUGAGUUAUUGAAGAGUGACUGAUAAGAAGCACCAAAUAAGGAUGGAAACUUUUUUUUUUCACAGAAACUGAAUUUUAGGAAAGACCGGAAAGAACUGCGAGCUGAUAGCGGCAACGGCAAUGUGUCCUGCAGGCUGGUGGGGCAGUUUCCCCAAGUGCAAAAAGUGCUCUUGUGAUCUGCACAAAGGCUUCCAGAGCCAGUGCGACAAACAAACCGGCGCUUGUCUCUGUCUGGUGGGAAAUUUCCAUCAGGAUGCGAGAAAUUGAAGCGAUUUCCUUCCAGAAGACUUACUACGCGACUAUCAACGGCUGUGCGCGAUGCGAGUGUGGCGACGGCGCGGAAAACGGCGAGUGUUCUAUCGCCGGCCACUGCAAAUGUUUGGGAGAAGCCGUCGGCCGACGGUGCGACCGAUGUCCCAAAUUCGACCAUGUGAGCUUCUUCAUGAACAUCCUCUCAAAAAUACUUCGUUCUUCAGGCCCUCGAUUCGAAGACCCUGAAGUGCCAUAAAAUCGAUAGUCGCUGUCCUUCCGAGGUGGAGUACGCUAUCAAAUGGCCCAGCUCUAUCAAAGGUACUUUUUCUAUUUAAGACAUCGAUUUUCGAGACUUUUUCUAGGUUCCACAGUCCGACAGUCUUGUCCUGACGGGGAAACUGGCCUCGCGACACGAAAAUGUCUGGACUCUGGUCGUUGGUCAGAUGUGAACUCGUGGAAUUGCACUCGUCCCGAGUAUUCUAUAAUGGUCAACAAGGUUUUUUUUUAUUUCUUCAUUGACAAAAGGAAGGAAUGUUUUUUUAACCUCUCUUUAAGAAAAGGUGCAAUAAUCUACAGUUUGUGGUUGUUAUCCUUUUUCUUUUCACUGUAGCUUUGUAUAAACCACUUCCUUUCCAGUUUGGAAUAUUGGACUCGUCGAAACUUCUGGCGAUGGUAAACAACGCGACUGUCAACGAAGCGACAAUUCGAGGAAGAAAUCAGCAAAUUGCAGCCGAAGCCAUCUCGGCCAUCAUCGACUUUGAGCUCAAGUUCGUUCGGGAAUCAGGAAGAGGUCACGAAGAACUUUUCCAGACUUGAACCGAGCGCUAGAUCACACAUAAAAGACAUGAGGUUCACGGAAGACUUGAUGAAAGCGGCUGGAAAAGUUUUGGCCGAACAUCCGCCAUCGGAAUACCUUCCACUGACCUCGAAACUGCUGGACUACGCCCACUCCGUCUUCGAUUCUCAUACGAAGAUGACUUUUUUGCCGCCUUUCUUUGCUGCCAAUGACCACAUCGGUUAGUCUCUCAAUUCUUAAUUUUACUAUUUGAGAGUGAAAACUGAACUUGAAAAUAUUUUCAGCUUUUGGUUUUGACCGAGUUGACUUUGGAAACACUCUUCCCAAAUUCAAUAACUUUAUUGACACACGUCCGAAGGAUUUCUCGAAAGUCAACAUCCACCUCCAGGGAACCACUCAAGUUUUUGUACUGUAUUUUUUAUCAUCUGAAAAUUCAAAUUCAAGGCAUUGUACGCGAUUUUGCCGUUUCCGCGCUGUGAGAGAUGUGGAAAUCCACUGGUUUUGAUUCUUGCCAACAGCUCACAACCAGUCACUGUCGAGUUCGUUCUAAGGUCCAAAGACGCUUGGAUCGACCCGGAAUGCGUCCAGCUCAAGGUAAAAAAUUAUUUUGAAUCCGGAUACGACUUGAAAAAUGAAAGAUAAAGAAAGGUUUUAACUCGAAAUACUAAUUUUUCAAAAAUGUGAAAAAAAACGUUGUAAGAGGUUUUCUCUCUCUCUCGAGGUCCAAAGAAAAAACGUGAAAAAACCGUGUUCUGAGGUCUAAGGUAGAUCGAAACAAUUAAGCAAGUUCAAUUCGUUAUUUCUUCAAGAGAAAGUAUUCAUCAAUUUCAUUUUAUAACUUGAAUUGCAUUUUUGGCUCUUGUCAUGUUAGUUUAUUUCAUUCUAAUUUUUUUAUUUUUUCGAACUUUUAGUCUAAGUAGAUUUUUCCCAAAACAUGCCACGAAAUUUUAAAAUUUUCAGUCGGGAAAAUGGCGCAAAACGGGCGUCGAGAUCGGAGUCAACAUCUCCCACGUGAGGUGUCAGUUCGAAGGAGAAGGCCUUUUCACCAUGUUCUCCUCCGACCAGAGCAAUUCCUACGUGAGUUUGACUUUCCGUCAAUACAGUAGAAAAGGUUUUUCUUUUCUCUACACUUUUUUUAGUUAUUCCCAUCCAGCGCGUGAUGAAGAUUUAUCCAAUGACUUGACUUUAUUUUCACGGUUUGCAGGUUCGGAUGGCGCACUCUCAAGAUUUGACGCCACCUAUCUUGGCCGCGACGUCGUUGUUCCUCUGCGCCCUGUCGCUCUUGGCAACUUUCUCGAGAAACGUCCUGAAAACGAGGAUGAUUCGUAUCGGAUUCAUCAUCCUUUUCGCUUUCAACCUCGUCGACUUGUAUUUCUUGCACUUCGUCUCCAUCAAAGAGAGCGUCUGUCCACUCCGCAACGCGUUCCUUUCUUUCACGAGUUGUGCCCCGUUCGCUUGGCUUUUCCUCUACAGUCUGCACAUCUACAGAACCCUGGCAGACGGUUCAGCAAAAGCCAGGUUUUCCCUUUUUCUUUUUUCUUCAAAUCUGAAGGAGCUCAGCUGGACGACGUGCAUGCUGCUGGGUCUGGCUUCUCCUGCUGUCUUCGCUUCGACGACUUUCUUCUUCGCCAGCUCCUGUACACUUUCUCCUGAGACUUGGCUUCUCUGGUUCAUCCUGGCUCCAAUUGUUCUUUUCCUACUCGUCAGUUUCCAGUUUUCCCACAUAUUAUUACGAAAAAUUGAACUUUUUUCUCUUUUCAACUCACAAAUCAUGAUAUUGAUUUUUCUUUGGCUAUCUAAUUGUGAUUUAGCUGUCGUUUUACGCUUCUGCCACCUGUUUUUUGGUGACCAUGAACAAAAACUACGAGAACUUCCCGAUCAAGUUCAACCUCCGCAAAGCGCUCUUUCAGCAUUUUAUUUUGGUUCGGUCUUGCUCAUCUUGACGAAAUAAUUUGAACUUUUUCCAGACGGCCUCUACUGUAUUGUGUACGGCUUUCGCUCUCGCAUCGCCUUUCAUUCCGUUCUCAAGCAAAAUUAUGGUUAUUAUUUUUCAUGAAUUAUGAAUCCAACCUACAUUCAUCGUUUAGGAUGUUGUGAAAUGUUCCGUCUUUCUUGCCAGUUCGGCCGUUGUCUUCUUCUGGAGCGCGUUUGCUUCUAUCUCGGUGUGAUUAUCUUUUUGACAAUGAUCAGUGUCAGUUUUUCAGAAAUCUCGGAAAGAAGUGACGAAUAUGUGGUUGGAUCCGCAGAAGAGUAUUAUGGCUGAAUCGACGAUGGCGGAUCGACAAUGCGAGUCUCCGUUGCUUCCUCCUGGUUCGUUGUUAUACUUUAAAUUAGAACGAAAAAGAUUAUUCAAAGUUUUUGCGUUUUUUGACUUUUUGUCCAGAUUUGAAGCGAUAAAAUGAUGGGGGAGAAAAUAAUUUGAAUUCUGUCAAGUUUGGGAAACUGAUAAAGAAAGCUGAGGCCGUAUGCAAUAAAAAGGAAAAUGAUUUUCCGCCAUUUUCCUGAGAAUAGAAAAGGCCUGAAACUCGCUAAUAUAUUAUUGAUUUCGACUUUAUCUGAUGCGAUAAGGCUUUAUAAGAAGAUUCGGAUAAAAAAGAAAAAGUUUCAGUCUAAAAAUGACUAAUUGUAGUCAUUUACGAGUUUCAAGAAAAUGGCGGAAAAACAUUUUCCACUUUAUUGCAUACGGUCUCUGGCUCCGAAAAACAUCGGCCAACGUCUGUUACGAUUUUUAAAAAAAAAUUUCAAAAAUCAGUUUUUUCUUCGUAGGCUUCCCUGACGAUUCUGUCGGUAACAACGACUGGAUGCCGGACGUCAUUCCGGCCGAAACGUACGCGACGACUCCAAGAAGGCAGCCGCAUCUCAGCGACGCCGUCCACCACAUCCUGAGCCCGGCAGAGAAGAUCCUCGACGAAGGAAUCGGACACGUCUAUGGUCCGUUUCUCUUUACGACGUCUUCUGAAAUUCUUUCUUGAAGGCAACGUCGGCACUCUUCCGCGUCUUCGAAGUGCUCAGGACGAAGCCGACGACGCAUACUACACCUACACGGCGUCUAGAAGGUACAAACCUUCCACGACAUUCAACAGAGAUUGA